GCCGAGGUCAUAUGCACCGUCACUGAGCUGCUGACAGAAAUAGUACCGAUCAUCUGCGCCAAUCUGUAUCUAAGGAUAAAUCAUUUUCGGUUGGUCGAGGCUGUGCUCAUCGAUUGCGGUGUGAGUGCGACGGAGAAAACGGACACUUGGACUGCAUGUCAGACGACUGUAGGUAAGUUGAAUGUAGGUAAGAAUGUAGGUAAGAAGAAGCAUGUAGGUAAGAAGGAUAAUGUAUGUAAGAAGCAAAAUGUAGGUAGGAAGAAGAAUGUAGGUAAGAAACAUAAUGUAUGUAAGAAGAAUGAGAAGAAGAAGAAGGAAAAGGAGAAUAAACGCAAUGGGGUAUAA